AUGCGCUUCUCCAUCCUCGCCUUCGUUGCCGGUGCCGCCGCCGCUCCCUUCGCUUCCACUGGAACAGAGCCCGUCUGCCCCGAUGGCCUCUACAACAGCCCCCAGUGCUGUGCCACUGACGUUCUUGGUGUUGUCGGCUUGAACUGCGCAGUUCCCGCCACCACUCCCACCAGCACCACUGGCUUCAUCGCCGGCUGCGCUGCUGCUGGCAACCAAGCCAAGUGCUGCACCAUCCCCGUUGCCGGCCAGGCUGUUUUGUGCCAGGACGUUAGCCCCGGUGCCGGCGCCCCCGGUGGCGGAUCUCCCCCCGCUACCACUCCCUCUCCUGCUCCUGCUCCUCCUGCCGAGAGCCCUGCUGUGCCCUCCGGUUGCCCUCAUUACUAG